CGUGGUGUCGCUACUCGUCCGCUUCUAGAGCCUUCCGAGAUCUGCGCCGGCAAACGGAGCGACGACACGCGUGCUACGGUGGCACACUGAGGGAGAAUCCGCGUGAAUUGCACGAGUCAUUCAACGAGCGUGGUCUCUCGCCUGAGCGAGCCAAACGGAACGGUCGUCGUCGAGGGACGAGGUACAGAGCUCGGACGUAUCACGGGAGCGUGGAGUGAUGGGGGACCAGGUGGCUUUGCUGAAGGAGAAGGGAAACGCCGCUUUACAGACGGGCAAUUACGAUGAGGCCAUUAAAUGCUACACGGACGCGAUCGCCCUGGACGGCGGUAACCACGUGCUCUACAGUAACCGCUCGGCGGCGUACGCAAAGUCGGAGAAGUAUCAGCAGGCGCUGGAGGACGCCGAGAAGACCGUCAGCCUGAAGUCGGACUGGGGAAAGGGUUACUCGCGCAAGGGCAGCGCCCUCGCUUACCUGGGCCGAUACGACGAGUCUAUCCGGGCUUACGAGAAGGGCCUGCAAUUGGAUCCGAGCAACGCCCAGCUGAGAAGCAGCCUGGCGGAGGUCAGGGCCCAGAAACAGGCCUCCGCGUCCAAUCCGUUCAAUUCGCCAGACAUCUUCGUCAAAUUGACGAGCGAUCCGCGAACGAGGGGCUACCUGUCCGACCCGGAAUACUUGAAGCUGCUGCAGGAACUGCAGACCAAUCCGCAGAGCCUCGCUACCAAGCUCCAAGAUACCAGAGUGCUCACCACUCUCAGCGUACUGUUGGGAAUGAACGCCAACAUGGAGGAGCCGAUGGAGACCGAGUCGAUGAAUUCCGCGGAACCGCCGAAACCCAAGCCGGAGCCGAAGCCCCAGAGGAAGGAGGAGGAUAAUCUUCCGCCCGAAAAGAGAAAAGCCGCGGAGGAGAAGAAGAACGGCAAUGAGGCUUACAAGAAGAAGAACUUCGAGGAGGCUCUGCAGUAUUACAACAAGGCCGUGGAGUUGGACUCGACGGAAAUCGUUUACUUGUUGAACAUAGCGGCGGUGUACUUCGAGCAGAAGGAGUAUCAGAAGUGUAUCGCUCAGUGCGAGAAAGCCAUUGAGGUCGGUAGGGAGAAUAGGGCGGACUUCAAAUUGAUAGCCAAAGCGUUCACGAGAAUCGGUCACGCUUACAAGAAGAUGGAGAACUGGAAGCAGGCUAAGGUGUAUUACGAAAAGUCCAUGUCCGAGCACAGAACGCCGGAGAUUAAAACCUUACUCUCGGAUAUAGACAAAAUAAUCAAGGAGGAGGAGAGAAAGGCUUACAUCGACCCGAAAAAAGCGGAGGAGGAGAAGGAGCUUGGAAAUCAAAAGUACAAAGACGGCGAUUAUCCGGCGGCUAUAAAGCAUUAUUCCGAGGCGAUCCGAAGAAAUCCGGACGAUCCCAAGUACUACAGCAACAGAGCGGCCUGUUACACCAAACUCGCGGCGUUCGAUCUCGGUUUGAAGGACUGCGAGAAGGUGGUCGAGCUGGAUCCCAAGUUCAUCAAGGGCUGGAUCAGGAAAGGAAAGAUUCUGCAGGCCAUGCAGCAGCAGGGGAAGGCCUUGACGGCGUAUCAGAAGGCACUCGAGCUGGAUCCGCAGAACAACGAGGCGCUGGAGGGCUAUCGCUCCUGCGCCGUAUCCGCUAGUUCUAAUCCGGAAGAAGUUAGAAAGAGAGCGAUGGGGGAUCCGGAGAUCCAGAGUAUAUUGCGAGACCCGGCCAUGAGGUUGAUCCUAGAACAAAUGCAGAGCGAUCCAAGAGCUUUACAAGACCAUUUGAAGAAUCCUGAUAUAGCUGCGAAAUUGCAAAAACUUUUGGAAUCUGGUCUCAUUGCUAUCCAUUGAAGAUGUAAAGAACCGAAUACAUGUUUAUAAUAAAAGAAUAACACUGCUAUCACAAGUUCCUUUAAUAUUAAGGAAAUUCGCAUUUGUCUAUUGCAGAUACAUUAGUCAUGUGGGUUACUUAUCGUCAUAUUGCUCUGGGGUCGCAAAUUUCUUUAAUAUUGAAGAAUUCACAUUCAUUUAUUAUAAAUAUAUUAGUCAUAUGGGAUACUUAUCGUCAUAUUGCUCUGCUGUUGCAAAUUCCUUGAAUAUUGAGGAAAUUCGCAUUUGUCUAUUGCAGAUACAUUAGCCAUAUGGGAUACUUAUCGUCAUAUUGCUCUUAAAAUUUGUGUUCAGAGAGCCAUUUGAAAUAAAAGUUACAUUAUAAUACACAUGAUUCUCUCGUGCAAACGCAGUGGCCUUUAGUGUCAUCGAUGACUUUUGCAUUUCAAGACUUGUUACGGUGAUCAUGUGUGAAACAUAACAACACACACACACACACACACACAUAUAUAUAAAUAUAUAUAAAUAUAUAUAAAUAUAGUGAAGCUCUAUGUGGAAAAAUGAAGUGUAAUUGUGAACUGGUGAACUCCUAACAAGUAAUAUUUACAUUAAACAAAAACUUACUUCGAUGGCUGAACCAUGAAUAUUAUGACUUUGGAAGUUAAUAGUGUUAUGUUAAAAAAUGAUCUAAAACUAGAAUAAUCCUUUAAAAUAGUGAGUUUUUCAUAAAAUUAUUUCUGUAUAUGAUGCACACACUAACAUCUCUUUUACCGUUGAUUUCAUUAGUGCUUUUAGUACUAAAAUUAGUCACAAUAAUGUAAUGAAUGCGAAGUCAGACUAAGGCGACAACCAAUAAGAGGAAUGCUUCGAAUAAACAUCUUUUUAAACC